GGUUGGGGACAGAAGCCCGCCUGCGGCUGUUUUCAGGAACUUGCCUUGAAGAGGAGAGCAGAGACGGGGAGGCCGGGCGUGUGCCCGGCCGGCCGCAGGCUCCAGCAUGGGGUAACCGAGGCUCAGAAAGGUGGAAUAAUCUGUCCAAGGUCGCCAAGCUGGUGAGGACCAAGCCAGCACGAUGGUGGGGCUGGGAGCCUGGAGCCUGGUGGGAGCUGCUCUGAUCAUCCUGCUGCUCCCCAGAAGCCUGGAGCAGUGUGGGCAUAUCCUCCUCUCAGCCCCCACCGUCCGCCUGGGAGAUCAAGUCACGGCCUCCUGCGUCAUCACCCAGAACUGCAGCCACCUGGGCACCGAAUGGCGGAUUGUAUGGAAACUGGAACCGGAGCUUCAUCCCAGGGAGAGGCAGCAGCACCUGCCGAAUGGGACCCUGCAGUCCACCAUCACCUUGCCCCACGUCAGCCACUCUCGGGUUCUGCUCUCCUGCUGCCUGCACUGGGGCAACAGCCUGCAGAUCCUGGACCAGGCUGAGCUGCAGGCGGGCUACCCUCCCACUGCACCCCACAACCUAUCCUGCCUCAUGAACCUCACAACCAACAGCCUCAUCUGCCAGUGGGAGCCAGGCCCCGACACCCACCUGUCCACAAGCUUCACCCUGAAGAGCUUCAAGAGCCAGGACAAAUGCCAGACGCAGAAGGAUUCCAUCCCUGACUGCGUGCCGGAGGACGGGCAGAGCCACUGCGCCAUCCCCCGCAAACACCUGCAGCUGUACCAGAACAUGAGCAUCUGGGUGCAGGCCAGGAAUGCGCUGGGGACCAGCGUUUCCCCGAAGCUCUGCCUUGCUCCCAUGGACGUUGUGAAACUGGAGCCCCCCAUACUGUGGACCCUGGAGCCCAGCCCUGCGGUGGCCCCGCCCCAGCCAGGCUGCCUGAGGCUGCGCUGGGAGACCUGGAAGCCAAGCCUGUACAUAGAACAGAAGUGUGAGCUGCGCCACCAGCCUCGGCUUGGAGAAGCCGGCUGGGACCUGGUGAGCGGCCUGCCCGCCAGGACCCCCCAGUAUGAACUCUGCGGGCUCCUCCCAUCCACAGCCUACACCCUGCAAAUGCGCUGCACCCGCUGGCGCCUGCCCGGCCACUGGAGCGAAUGGAGCCCCAGCCUGGAGCUGACCACCGCACAACGGGCCCCCAUCGUCAGACUGGACACACAGUGGCGGCAGAGGCAGCUGGACCCCCAGACGGUGGCCGUGCAGCUGUUCUGGAAGCCAAUAGCCCUGGAAGAAGACAGCGGGCAGAUCCAAGGUUACCGGGUUUCCUGGAGACCCUCAGACCAGGCUGGGGCAGAGCCAAUCCUCUGUGACACCACGGAGCUGAACUGUACCUUCCAACUGCCUUCAGAAGCCCGGGAGGUGAUCCUUAAGGCCUAUAACACAGCUGGGACCUCGCAUCCCACCCGCGUGGUCUUCUUGGAAAGCAGAGGCCCACCCCUGGGCAGACUCCACGCCACCGCUCGAGACCCUCACAGCCUCUGGGUGGGCUGGGAGCCCCCCAGUCCUCAACCUCAGGGCUAUGUGAUUGAGUGGGGCCUCAGUUCCCCCAGCCCCAACGGCAGUCCUAUGACCUGGAGGAUGGAGCAUAACGGAAGCAUUGCAGGAACCUUGCUGCAGGAGAACAUCAGGCCCUUUCAGCUCUACGAGAUCACUGUGACCGCCCUGUACCAGGACACCAAGGGACCCUCCCAGCACAUCUAUGCCUACUCCCAAGAGAUGGCCCCCUCCCACGGCCCAGAGUUGCAUCUCAGGUACGUUGGCAAGACGUGGGCCCAGCUGGAGUGGGUGCCCGAGGCCCCUGAGCUGGGGAAGAGCCCCCUUACCCACUACACCAUCUUCUGGACCAACACUCAGGACCAGUCCUUUUCCACUGUCCUGAACGCCUCCACCCAUAGCUUUGUCCUCCGUGGCCUGGAGCCUUCCAGCUUGUACCAUGUUCAACUCGUGGCCGCCAGCCAGGCGUGGACCGCCAACAGUACAAGCCUCACCCUGAUGACCUUGACUCUAGAGGAGUCUGAGCUGCACAUCCUCCUGGGCCUGUUUGGCCUCCUGGUCUUGCUCAUCUGCCUCUGUGGGGCUGCCCAGUUCUGCUGCAGACCCAGCAGGAAGUAUUCCCUCUGGCCGAGUGUCCCGGACCCAGCCCGCAGCAGCCUGGGUUCCUGGGUGCCAACCAUCACAGCAGAGGAUAUCUUUCAGCUGCCCAGCCUUCGGGACCCCGGCAUGCCACCCAUCACCAAGAUCACGGUGCUGGAGGAGGAAGAGAAGAAGCCACGGCCCUGCGAGUCCAGUGACAGCUCAGGGACCGGUAGCCUCUCCACCCUUGUCCAGGCCUAUGUGCUCCAGGGGGACCCAAGAGUACCUUCCACUCAGCCUCCGCCCCAGUCUGGCAACAGCGACCAGGUGCUUUAUGUGCAGGUCCUAGGCAGCCCCACAGGCCCAGGGCCUGGGCACUACCUCCGCUGCGACUCAACUCAGCCCCUCUUGGAGGGCCUCACCCCCAGUCCCAAGUCCUACGAGAACGUCUGGUUCCAGACCAGCCCCCUGGGGGCCCCAGAGCCCCUAGUCCCACAUCCGGAGGAUGACAGUAUCUUUGAGCCUCUGCUUGACUUCCCUCUACUACAAGGACUCAGGGUCAGUGGCGCGGAGGGUCUUGGGGGCUUCUAGGGCUUCCUGGGACUCCCCACCUGGGCCUGCUCCUUGAUAAGCCUGGGCUAUCCAGAGAAGAGAAUGCCAGUAAGCCCAUCACUAAAAAACCACUCAGCCCCAGGAAACGCAGAAAGGCUCCCAGCCUCCUCCUGUCUUUGACCCUCAGCAUCCCUCCCCUAUCUUCCCAAUCUCCAUGGACUGGGUCUCCCACUUCAAAGGCCAGACAAGGCUUGGUCCAGCCUGCUCACUAGCCUUUGUUUCCUAUAAUCGGUACUUGAUUCCUAUAAUUCCAGUCUCUUAAAGUGGUUUAUAGUCUG